AUUCCCAAUAACAAAUUAACAACAACAAUAAUUUCUCAAAAUUCCCCCUUUUUUGUCCAAUCUCAAUUUCUUCCUUUCUUACAUUCCUCCGUUUUCUUCUUCUCUCUCCUCCAUCUUCCUCCUCUCUCUCCUUCAAUGGCGCAAGUUCAUCUCUCAGAAACAUACGCUUGCGUACCUUCAACAGAGCGUGGUCGCGGCAUCCUAAUCUCUGGCGAUCCCAAAUCCAACAACAUUCUCUACUGCAAUGGAAGAUCAGUGAUCAUCCGAAACCUCGAUAAUCCUCAGAAUGUUGAGGUGUAUGGUGAACAUGCUUAUCCUGUUACUGUUGCACGGUACUCUCCUAAUGGUGAAUGGAUCGCUUCUGCUGAUGUUUCUGGGAUUGUUAGGAUCUGGGGUACCCAUAAUGGGUUUGUUUUGAAAAAUGAGUUUAAGGUUCUUUCGGGUCGGAUUGAUGAUCUUCAAUGGUCUCCUGAUAGUCUUCGUAUUGUUGCUUCUGGUGAUGGCAAGGGCAAAUCGUUGGUUCGGGCUUUCAUGUGGGAUUCAGGAUCUACUGUUGGAGAGUUUGACGGUCAUUCAAGGCGGGUUCUUAGUUGUGCUUUUAAACCAUCAAGGCCAUACCGUAUUGUUACCUGUGGAGAAGACUUUUUGGUGAACUUUUAUGAAGGCCCUCCUUUCAAGUUUAAGCACUCUCAAAGGGAGCACUCAAAUUUUGUCAACUGUGUGAGGUUCUCUUCUGACGGAAGCAAAUUCAUUACUGUUGGUUCUGAUAAGAAAGGUAUAAUUUAUGAAGGAAAGACAGGAGAAAAACUUGGGGAAUUAUCUGCACAGGAUGGACAUCAAGGUAGUAUUUAUGCUGUUAGCUGGAGUCCAGAUAGUAAGCAGGUGUUGACUGUAUCAGCGGAUAAAACUGCCAAAAUAUGGGAAAUUUCACAAGAUGGCAAUGGGAAGGUUAUUAAAACAUUGAUUUCUGGAUCUGGCGGAGUGGAGGACAUGCUAGUUGGAUGUCUUUGGCAGAAUGAUCAUCUAAUUACUGUUUCACUUGGUGGUGUUAUCAAUGUAUAUUCGGCAAGCGAUUUGGAGAAAGCUCCUUGUACUCUCUCUGGACAUAUUAAAAAUGUCUCUUCUUUGAUUAUCUUCAAGAAUGAUCGAAAUAUGGUACUCUCAUGCAGCUAUGAUGGAGUGGUAGUUAAAUGGAUCCGUGGUGUCGGAUAUUUUGGCAAUAUAAACAUGAAGGGUCAUGCACCAAUUAAAUGUUGUAUUGCUGUGGAAGGCGAGAUCAUUUUAUCUGGCUUUGAUAACAAGGUAUGGAGAGCUCCCAUCCAAGCAGAUGAAUGUGGAUCUGCUGAGCAUGUUGAUGUAGGAAGCCAACCAAAGGAUUUGAGUGUUGCUCUUAAUGUGCCUGAACUUGUGUUAGUUGCUACUGAUUCAGGAGCAGUGCUUCUUAAUGGUUUGAAAGUUUUGUCAAGCAUUGACCUUGGAUUUACUGUGACAGCAUCUGCCAUCUCACCUGAUGGAACUGAAGCUGUAUUGGGUGGCCAAGAUGGAAAACUGCAUAUAUAUUCUGUGUCUGGUGAUACUUUGACAGAAGAAGCUGUUCUGGAAAAGCAUCGGGGUGCCAUUACUGUGAUACGUUACUCUCCAGAUGUUUCCAUGUUUGCUUCUGGUGAUGCCAACCGAGAGGCUGUUGUUUGGGAUCGUUCUACCAGAGAGGUGAAGCUUAACAACAUGCUGUACCAUACUGCUCGUAUUAACUGCUUAGCCUGGUCCCCUGAAAGCACUAUGGUUGCUACUGGAUCUCUUGAUACUAGUGUCAUAAUUUAUGAACUUGGAAAACCUGCUUCAUCUAGGACAACAGUAAAGGCUGCUCACUUGGGUGGAGUUUAUGGUGUGGAAUUUGCUGAUGAAUGCAGCAUCUACAGUUCGGGUGAGGAUGGCUGUGUUCGUCUAUGGGCAAUAACCCCACAAUGAAGAGAAAUUAAGUUGCAAUCGAAAUAGCUACUUUUUGGAUGCAGAAUGAGUAUUGUUUUGGAUGUAUCAUGAUGUUGUGGUAUUUUUUUUGCCUGGUUCAUGAUUUUCUGGAUUCAGAGGUUGCAUACUUUUCAGAGCCUAACGAACUAAGAGGAUAGGGGUAUUGGUUGAAUGUAUUUAUUGCUCAAGUUUUCUGUUUGCCAGGCUCGCAUUGGUGGAUCUUUGUAUUAUGGUUUUAUUCUUCUAUAUUAGCAAGUAUCAUUUGUUCUGUUUUCCCACUUUCAGAGUUGGCAUUAGUGUGAAGAUUGAAGAAUUUCAGACCAAGAGAGCGAAAAGGGGAAAUAUUUCCAGACUUGUUUAGUGCUGAGACAUUGUAUAGUCUCCAAGUUUUUUGGAGUGUGUUACACCCUCUUCACUUUUGAAACUGUAUAGCAACAGCUUUCUAUUGGUUUGAGUAGAUAAAAUUGUGGUUAUAACUAGAAAGGUUUUGACGGUUUGAUGCUUUUUGAAACGGGAUAUUUAAUUUUAUUUUGAUGUGUUACUGCAUUUUUUGAUGCAA